AUGAACGAGAAAAGCCGGAUUCUGUUUUCCCUCCUCUGUUUCUUCUCUGUUCUUUUGGUUUCUCCAUCUCAAACUAACGGCAAAGAUUUCGCGUUGAGCUGCGGGGCAUCAGAACCGGCUUCUGAUCCAGACAAGAAAAAAUGGGAACCUGAUACCAAGUUCUUGAAAACGGCAAACACGGUUCAUGCAACAGCUACUUAUCAAGAUCCUUCACUUCUUUCGACGGUUCCUUACAUGACAGCAAGAAUCUUUACAGCUCCUGCAACUUAUGAAAUCCCGGUUAAAGGAGACAAAAGACAUUUGCUCCGCUUACAUUUAUAUCCAUCAACAUACACGGGACUUGACAUUUCCGAUUCCUAUUUCUCCGUCGCAGCUAACGAUGUUACCCUUCUCAGCAAUUUUAGCACAGCUAUCACAUGUCAAGCCAUGACCCAGGCUUACCUCGCUAGAGAAUAUUCUCUCGCACCAACCGAAAAGGAUGUUUUGAGCAUCACAUUUACUCCCUCUGAUAAACACCCAAAGGCAUUUGCUUUCAUAAACGGUAUUGAGGUCGUUCAGAUGCCAGAAUUGUUUGAUUCAGCUAUUCUUGUUGGGUUCACAGACCAGACAGCGGAUGCUAAGACCGCAAAUCUUCAAACGAUGUUUAGGCUUAAUGUCGGUGGUCAGGAUAUUCCCGGAAGCCAAGACUCCGGUGGAUUAACCAGAACUUGGUACAAUGAUGCGCCUUACAUCUUCAGCGCAGGUCUCGGUGUUACCCUACAAGCAAGCAACAAUUUCAGGAUUGAUUACCAGAAAAUGCCGGUUUCUACUGCUCCAGCCGAUGUCUACAAAACAGCUCGAUCACAGGGACCAAACGGAGACAUCAACAUCAAAUCGAAUCUCACAUGGUUGUUUCAAGUUGACACGAACUUCACCUACAUCAUGAGACUCCAUUUCUGUGAAUUCCAGCUUUCGAAAAUCAACCAGAAAGUAUUCAACAUUUACAUCAACAACAGAACCGCGCAGACGGAUCCAAACGCCGCAGAUAUAAUCGGAUGGACAGGAGGAAAAGGUAUCCCAACGUACAAAGAUUAUGCGAUAUACGUUGAUGCCAAUAACGGAGGAGGAGGCGAGGAGAUUUCGCUGCAGAUGACUCCAUCGACAUUUGCCAAACCGGAAUAUUAUGAUGCACAGCUUAACGGGCUAGAGGUUUUCAAGAUGGACACAAUGAAAAAUCUUGCAGGUCCAAACCCCAAGCCAUCGCCUAUGCAGGCUAACGAAGAGGGCAAAAAAGAAUUUCAGGGUGACAAAAGAAUCAAAGCUUUAGUCAUUGGUUCCGCCGGAGGAGUUGCAGCGGUUUUGCUUUGUGCAUUAUGUUUUACAAUGCAUCAGAGGAAAAGAAAAUUCCCGGGAAGCGACUCUCACACAUCGAGCUGGCUUCCAAUAUACGGAAACUCUACCACAUCGGGAACCAAAUCCACCAUCUCGGGGAAGAGCAACAACGGAAGCCACCUAUCGAAUCUUGCAGCGGGUUUAUGUCGUAGAUUCACAUUGUCUGAGAUCAAACACGGAACACAAAACUUCAAUGAGUCAAACGUAAUCGGAGUGGGAGGGUUUGGUAAGGUUUACAAAGGAGUAAUCGAUGGGGGCACAAAAGUGGCGAUCAAGAAAUCAAACCCGAAUUCAGAACAAGGUCUCAACGAAUUCGAGACGGAAAUCGAACUUCUCUCGAGAUUAAGACACAAACACUUAGUGUCCUUGAUCGGAUACUGCGACGACGGAGGAGAAAUGUGUCUGAUAUACGAUUACAUGUCCCUUGGAACACUCAGGGAGCAUCUGUACAACACCAAGAGACCUCAAUUGACUUGGAAACGAAGGCUAGAGAUCGCCAUUGGAGCUGCAAGAGGACUGCAUUACCUUCACACAGGUGCAAAGUACACGAUUAUACACCGUGACGUGAAAACGACAAACAUCUUGGUCGAUGAGAAUUGGGUUGCGAAAGUUUCCGACUUUGGGUUGUCUAAAACCGGACCAAACAUGAACGGAGGUCAUGUAACGACCGUCGUGAAAGGAAGUUUCGGGUAUUUAGAUCCAGAAUACUUCAGAAGACAACAAUUGACCGAGAAAUCAGAUGUUUACUCUUUCGGAGUUGUUCUAUUCGAGAUCUUGUGCGCUAGACCGGCGCUAAACCCUAGUUUGCCAAAGGAACAAGUGAGUCUUGGAGAUUGGGCGAUGAAUUGCAAACGAAAAGGGACUCUAGAGGACAUAAUCGAUCCUAAUCUGAAAGGAAAAGUCAAUCCAGAGUGUCUGAAGAAAUUCGCAGAUACGGCGGAGAAGUGUCUCUCCGAUAGUGGAUUAGAACGGCCGACGAUGGGAGAUGUCUUGUGGAAUCUCGAAUUCGCGCUUCAGGUACAGGAAACUGCUGACGGAUCCCGCCAUCGAACGCCGAGUCAUGGCGGUAGUUCGGAGGAUUCAGUCGACGGAGGAGGCAUGGCGGUUAACGUCGGCGCCGGGGAACACGACGCGAGUGAUCUUUCAUCAGAAGACAGCAGUGGAAUAUUUUCUCAGAUUGUAAAUCCCAAAGGGCGAUAA